AUGAGUGAGACAAACGCCAGCACCGCGCUGGAAACAAAAUUAUUUCAAUUGCAACUAACGACGAAGCGCACGGACGGAAUUCUUGCAAAAUCCGAAGAAGAGCCUAUUGCUCGACAUCAGGGAACACUCAGAACUGUUAUUGGCGAAGUGGAAAAUCUAAGGCUUACGGUUGAAGCUGAAAAACUGGGCAGAAAAGAGGAUACUACCGAGUGGAGCGAGGAGAUUGAUACCAAAAUCAGCGAGGCAGAUAGUCAUGUAAGACUGACGAAGGAAUGGUUGGCGGAAAACAAGAGGAAACUAGAGGAGAUGGAGAACGACGAGAAGAUCAAGUUUGAGGUAAAACUGCAUGAAACUAAAGUAAAGUUACAAGAUGAACAUAUUCUUAAAAACACCUCGCAGACCAGUAAAACUAUGAUUGGAAUGCAAGCGAAAUUACCGAAGCUAGUGAUUUCGAAAUUUAAUGGUUCUCCUAUGGAUUGGCCAAGGUUUUGGGGACAAUUCUCAGAGAACAUUGAUCAAUCCGCAAUUGCCCCGGUGACUAAGUUUUCUUAUCUUCGCGAGUUGUUAGAGCCUAAAGCACGACAAACAAUCGAAGCAUUGCCCUUCCACAGCGAAGGGUACAAUCGAGCGAUAAGCAUCCUGAAGGAUAAGUUUGGGAAAGAAUCCGAGAUAGUAAAGGGUUACACGCGCGAGAUACUUGGGUUGCCCACAAUACAAGCGGCCAAUCAGAAAAAGAUUCAUGAGUUUAGCGACAAAUUGUCGUACUGCGUUCAAGCUUUAGAGACAUUGGACAAGCUUGACGGGGUCAAUGGCGCCGUGCCAAUGACUCUUGAUAAACUGCCUAGCAUUCGUGGAGAUUUGGUGCGAACGGACCCUGAAUGGGAGAAAUGGACCUUCACCAAACUAGUUGAAGCGCUCAACCAGUGGUGUCGAAGAAAUCCAAUCGACAAACCAUCUGAACUAAACGACGACUCGUUUAGCAGCAAGAGAAGAGACAAGCUGUUUCAUGUCUCUCGUCAGAGAUUAAAUCCACGUAAUUGCGUUUAUUGCGAUAGCGGCGAGCACAAAACAAACGAUUGCGCAAAAGUAACUCUGACGUCAGCCCGUAAACAGAUACUAGCCAAGAAACGAUUAUGUUUUAAUUGCGCCGCGGGCAAUCAUAAAGCCUCUGAGUGUCCGAGUAAAGCCACUUGUAGGAAGUGCGAAAAGAGACAUCACACGUCUAUUUGUGAUUCUCACGACAACAAGGCCGGUGGUCAAAUUUCUGGCCAAAAUUCAAACGUUGCCAUGACUACAUGCCAGAAAAGCGAAGCGGUGUUUCCAGUAGUCGUUGUAGAAGUCAAUGGAAUUCGAUGUAGAGCGCUGAUUGAUUCGGGAGCUGGGAGCUCCUACGUGUCAGCAAAACUGAUAGACUUACUCAAACUGAAACCAUCACAAUCCCAGAUUAAAAACAUUGACAUGUUAAUGGCCUCUAAGACGUCCAAACUCGAGAUUUACGAUAUGAAAUUUGACUCGCUAGACGGCUCGUUUAGUCUUCCCGUAAGAGCUACAAAGGUAAACAAGAGUGAACUUUUGUUGAUCGACAAUCCCAAAUACCCCAAAUUAAUCAAUCAACACCCCCACUUAACGGGCGUGACAAUGAACGACGAUGACGUCAAAGAUACCCUGCCUGUCCAUGUCAUUUUGGGGAGCGGGGAGUAUGCGAAGAUUAAAACGCAAACAAGACCGAGAAUAGGAGACGAGAAAGCCCCUAUCGCUGAGUUGACCAAGUUUGGUUGGUUUCUAAUGGGCCCUGGGUACGAGUUCGAAAGCAACGUGAUGUUGAUGACCCAGACCUCCCACGCCGAGUACGAGGAAUUGUGUAGACUGGACGUUUUAGGGCUCGAAGAUACCCCCCAACAUGACCAGACGGUGGUAUUUAACGAGUUUAAGGAACAGUUGACCCGAUCUCCCGAGGGAUGGUACGAGACCGCGUUACCUUGGAAACCAAACCAUCCCUAUCUUCCAAACAGUGAACGUGGUAGCCUGAAGCGACUCGGAGGUUUGACUAAAAGACUUCAACGCGAAAACUUGAUGGAGAAGUACGACGGCAUUAUACAAGAACAACUCGCUGAGGGGAUCAUCGAAAGAGUUCCACCCCCCGUGGUGACCGGAAGUGACUCCAUUCCACCUCCCGUGGUGACCGGAAGCGACCCUUUUCCACCUCCAGUGGUGACCGGAAGCGACCCUGUUCCACCUCCCGUGGUGACCGGAAGUGACUCCAUUCCACCUCCCGUGGUGACCGGAAGUGACUCCAUUCCACCUCCCGUGGUGACCGGAAGUGACCCUAUUCCACCUCCCGUGGUGACCGGAAGCGACCCUAUUCCACCUCCCGUGGUGACCGGAAGCGACCCUAUUCCACCUCCCGUGGUGACCGGAAGUGACCCUAUUCCACCUCCCGUGGUGACCGGAAGCGACCCUAUUCCACCUCCCGUGGUGACUGGAAGCGACCCUAUUCCACCUCCCGUGGUGACCGGAAGUGACCCUAGUUCCACCCCCCACUGUGAGCGGAAGUGACCUAGUUCCACCCCCCACUGUGAGCGGAAGUGACCUAGUUCCACCCCCCACUGUGAGCGGAAGCAACGCAAAGGAAUUCUACAUUCCACACAGAUACGUAGUCAGAGAAUCAGCCCAGACGACCAAAAUGAGGAUUGUAUAUGACGCCUCGGCCCGAGAAUCACCCGAAGCUCCAUCCCUGAACGAUUGCCUCUAUGCAGGACCAGAACAAGAACAAGAACGAGAUAAAGAUUCUGAGAACGACCCCUUCGAGAACCUCCUCCAACGUCACGAUCUGCUUCGCGCACUCCGAAUUCUAGCCUGGGUACGCCGCUUUACGACAAACCGUCAUCGUAGAGGGUCCCUGACGUCCGAUGACGUAAGAGAAGUUCGAGACUGGUGGACAAAACGAGAGCAAGCGAAAGAUUCCCUAAGACCCCACUUCGAGCAUACAAAACAGUCCCUUAACCUCGUCAUGAAUCAACACGGGAUUCUCGAAUGCCGCGGAAGAAUCCAAGGACAUUAUCCUAUAUACCUCCCAGCCGACUCUGAGUUCACUAAAAAACUCGUGCAGAGAUACCACGUGGAAACACUACACGGUGGUGUGCUGUUGACGAUGGCAGCAGUGCGUGAGAUCUAUUGGGUCCCGACGUUAAGACGACUAGUGAAAGCUGUUCGUGCAAAGUGCUAUGGCUGUAAGCGAUUUACAGCGACGCCGAUCGUAAAACCAAUUCCAGGAAAGCUGCCUAAAGAUCGUACCACUGGCGGGGUAGCGUUCGAAGUGAUAGGUACGGACUUCGCGGGCCCUAUACGCUAUAAGUGCUCCAACAAACGCGAAAGGAAGAGCUACUUAGUCAUAUUCUCGUGUAGUUUGUCGAGGGCAGUCCAUCUCGAACUGAUAAAGAACCUCGAAACGACAUCAUUUAUCCCGUGUCUGAAACGAUUGAUCGCACGACGCGGGCGUCCGAGAAUCAUCUACUCUGACAAUGGGGCUACGUUCGUCAAGGCCUCCAAGUGGUUGAAGCAAAUCAGGAACGACGAACGUGUGCAAGGCCUUCUGCAACAAUACGACGUGUCGUGGAAAUUCAAUCUGAGCAGAGCCCCGUGGUGGGGUGGUCAGUUCGAGCGAUUGAUCGGAGUGGUAAAGAGUGCUAUGUACAAGGUGAUCGGUGGGGCGAAGCUGACGUGGUCGGAAUUGAACGACGUACUGCUAGAUGUAGAAAUCCAAGUGAAUCGACGUCCACUAAGCUACAUGGAAGAUGAC